CCCAUACCCCGCGCGCGCCGCCACCCGCUUGACCUGACAAACCAACCAAGCCGGCGCCCAUUCAUGGCGGCGGCGGAGAAAACCACACGCCCGCCCACCGGACUCGCGGCCGAUAUAUAGCCCCACCCACCCGCCGGAGCCAUAUCCAUCCAAAUCCCUAGCCACCGCCAUUUGUUAGUCCCCAUCAUCAUCAGCAGCAGGUGAGGCUGGAGCGAAUCCCCCAACGGGAGGGAGGCGAUUCUGUGUGCCGUUUUUGAGUGCUGCUGGUUUCCAUGGCGUCGAUCGUGCUGCUGCUGUCGGAGCUGCUCGGCGGGGAGAGCACCAGCGUAAUGGCGGCCGACUGGUACAUGCGCGGCCACAGCCUCCGGGAGUUCCGGCCCGUGGCCGUGGCUGCCAAGGCCGGCGAGCGGCCGGCGGCCGAGACGAGGAGGUGCGAGGCGGAGGAGCAGACGAAGAGCAAGCCCAAGGAGGAGUCGUUCGAGGAUCUCGGCGCCAUGUCCAGGAUCGCCGUGGAUGUCAUGUGGCCUUAAGAGCGCCGGUCGCCCCUUCGCCGGAGAAAGGGGGAAAAAAAAUCUAUUCUUGCGUUCCUCUCUUCGGGUUCUUACUGAACGAGGCAUAUGUGUUGUAUCUCCUGUUCUUUUCAAAUCAGAUAUGUAAAUAUACGAGGUGAUUCUUGGAUGUCUUCCAUGUAUUUUUGGUCCCCAUCGAGUUUCUACUCAACAAAAAAUCGUUUCUUUCGCUACUUAUUCU